GACUUUGGAGGUGGAGAGAGGCUGCGAGGGUGUAGGAGACAAGACAAGUCAACCCGGAUGGCUGCUGUAACCCGAUACUCCGGGAAAGUGGUGGUGGUGACUGGGGGUGGUCGUGGCAUCGGAGCUGGGAUCGUGAGAGCCUUUGUGGACAGUGGGGCUCAAGUGGUUUUCUGCGACAAGGAUGAGGCCAGGGGCCGGGCUCUGGAGCAGGAACUCGUGGGCACUGUCUUCGUCCCCUGUGACGUGACUCAGGAAGGAGAUUUGCAGACUCUGAUUUCUGAGACCCUCUCUCGAUUUGGCCGCUUGGAUUGUGUGGUGAAUAAUGCCGGCUACCAUCCACCCGCGCAGUGGCCUGAGGAGACCUCUGCCCAGGACUUUCGCCAGCUGCUGGAACUGAACCUACUGGGGACGUACGCCUUGACCAAGCUUGCCCUCCCCCACCUGCGGAAAUACAGAGGCAACAUCAUCAACAUCUCCAGCCUGGUUGGGGCCAUCGGCCAGUCUCAGGCAGUUACCUACGUGGCCACCAAGGGGGCAGUGACAGCCAUGACGAAAGCUCUGGCCUUGGAUGAGAGUCGACAUGGGGUCCGUGUCAACUGCAUCUCCCCAGGAAACAUCUGGACUCCACUGUGGGAAGAGCUGGCAAUGUCAACUCCAGACCCCAGUGCCACCAUCCUAGAAGGGACCCUGGCCCAGCCCCUGGGCCGCAUGGGCCAGGCAGCCGAGGUGGGGGCUGCAGCCGUCUUCCUGGCCUCUGAAGCCACCUUCUGUACAGGACUCGAGCUUCUCGUGACAGGGGGUGCAGAACUGGGGUACGGAUGCAAGUCCAGCAGGAGCAGCCUCGCGGAAGCCCCCGUCCUCCCGCCGUGAUUUCCACGGUGUUAUGUCCUCCCCAUCCCUCUUUUCCUUCCUUUCUCUGUGGUACUGGAGAUUAAACCUGGGCCCUCUUUUGUGCCAGGCAGGGGCUCCACCACUGAGCCAUACCCCAGCCCCUCACUGGGGGGUUCUAGGCAGGGGCUCGACCACUGAGCCACACCCCAGCCCCUCACUGGGGGACUCUAGGCAGGGACUCUACCACUGAG